GGAGAAGAGAUAUCGUUGGCGGAAGAAAUGACACUUGGAAUAUAAAUUCUAUCUCUUAACAAUAUCCAAAACUUUUUCACUCUCAUUUCUUCAUCCAACACGAAGUGCUUCGGCGGAGGUUCAACUCCAGAACAACAAUGGCCACCUUCUCUGCAACGCUAGGCCCCUUCGGCGCCAUCUCCUUCCUCUCAUCUUCACCAUCACAUCAACCACUCGACUCUUGUUAUUCUAUCACCAACCCAUUCAAUUCCCCAAAAUGCCCCCGCAAGUUCCCACUCUACCACUGGCAUCGACACUACAAUCACCACACUUCUAAAAUCUCCGUCUCAAGUAAUGGCAACACUCAAAUCGACGAAUUCGACAGUACUCUUCUCCAACGCCCUCUUGUUCCUAACUCCCCGGAGGCCCUUCGCCUAGCUCGGAGAUCGUCAGAUUGGAAGGCUGCAGCCGCAUACAGAGAUAGUAGGCUCAUUUACAACGGUAGGGUUGAGAGUUUUAAUUCCGGAGGCCUGAAGAUUCGGUUUUACUCUAUCAUGGGCUUUCUUCCAUUCCCACUCAUGAGCCCAGCCUAUUCAUGUCAAGAACCAGAUAAACCUAUUCAAGAUAUUGCGAAAGAAAAAGUCGGUUCCAUCUUAUCAGUAAAGGUAAUUAAAGUAGAUGAGGAGUCAAAGAGAUUGAUAUUAUCUGAAAAGGAUGCUACCUGGUCUAAACAUUCAAAAUAUGUCAACAUAGGGGAUAUUUUUGAAGCAAGAAUUGGUUGUGUUGCGGAAUAUGGUGCUUUUGCUUAUCUGCGCUUCCCUGACGGUCUUUAUCACCUUUCCGGGUUAAUACAUAUCUCAGAAGUGUCAUGGGAUCUAAUUCAAGAUGUAAGAGAUUUCUUAAGAGAAGGCGACGACGUGAGGGUCAAAGUUGUUAGUAUUGAUAGUGUAAAAUCUAGGCUUGGACUUUCAAUUAAACAGCUAGAAGAAGAUCCACUUCUAGAAACUCUGGACAAAGUAAUACCUCAGGAUGGUUUAGCUGUUUCUGGUUCUUUCAGCCGUAGUAAUGGCAGUCACAUUGAUCCCCUACCAGGGCUUGAUACAAUUCUUGAGGAGCUACUGCAGGAAGAUGGCAUAUCCGAUGCAAGAAUCAGCCGUCAGGGGUUUGAAAAACGAGUGGUCUCACAAGACUUGCAGCUUUGGCUUUCUAAUGCACCUCCCUUGGACCAGAGGUUUACUCUACUUGCUCGAGCUGGAAGACAGGUGCAGGAGAUACUUCUGAAAACAUCACUUGAUCAGGGCGGCAUAAAAAAGGCAAUACAACGAGUAUUGGAGCGUGUUCCCUGAGUCUCAUUCACUUAAUCACAAUCGUUUUGUACAGCUUUCACAUUAGUUUCAAAGUUUCAGAAACACAUGAUAUUACAGUUGUUGCAUUAUUAUUAUGGCCAAGUCGAGAUUCAUUUAACCAACUCCCAAAAUAUUCAAUUGUAAUAGCAUUAUGUUUAGACAA